AUGAUGCGGACAGACAGCAAAGGCCGAAGUGCCUCCCCUCACCGGAUAACUUACAAAACUGAUUUCCAUGCGAUCAAAUGCUCAUUUGACACUGGGACCAGCCUACAACCAGGGACCAAAGCUGCUGCUGCUGCCGCCAAACGCUCCGCUUCACAUUCAGACACUCUGCCACCCAGCCUGUCGGAUCCCACAAUGUCCCACACCGCCACCAGCAGAGGUAGGAUCCCCGGCACCAGGGGAACCAAGAUCAGAGAUAACAUUUUCCUUCAAAUGGACAGCCAGCAGUUGAGACAAGAUGGCGGUCCAGUGCUGAGCCCUGGCUCCACACCUGUCUUCUCUCCUCAAAAUCCUAGCCUGCAGCUCCAGACUUCACCUUUCUCUGGAUCCAGACGUUCAGUCCUAAGUUCCUCCUCCGUUUUUAGCACUGCAACCAGUAUAUCUACCCCAGAAUCAUCUCUGCAUGACAAACCAUCCAGAGGAGAGGAAAUAGCAGAUAUCGACAGAGCUGCCCUGGCUCAGAAGUUCUCUGUAGCCAGGAGGUUGUUUGAGACCAAGAUGAAGGAGGGUGGAAGUGGUGGAGGACAGAUUUCAAAACCUGUGACUGGCAGGGAAAGCAAGGGGAUAGAUGAGAAAGGAGACGUCAACCAGGUGGAAAAUGAGGAGGAGGAGGCGGCAAGUAGGACAAGGAAGCACACGGAGGAGGACGGCUUGGAUAAAGACAAAUCCAUAAACCACAUCAUAAAUAUUUCAUCGCUGAAGCCUCCUGCGCCGGUGUCACUGACAAGGCACCUUAAAUCUCCUGUAUCGGAUGGCCCCGGUGAAGCAUCCAACAAAUCUCCCGCCUAUCUUGGCAAACAUGAUCAAACCACAGUGUCACAAAUGGAGGAAGCAAGGGCAGAAAGCGUUGCACUUGACCCCUGCUUGACCCCCGAGGAGACACUGAGGGCAGAACUGGUGGACAUAAAGAAUGAGUCGUCAGAAAGCGACGAGAGUGAAGAAGAGAAACAGUGGAAAUACAGCAAAAACUGGCUUGAGGGUGAGAUUGAAACAAACAAAGCUGCAGGAGAAGGCGUGGAGGCCUUAGUGGAUGAUGUUUUUGAGGAGCCCAGCAUGGAAAACGGAGAGGAGAGGCCGGUCGUUUCCUCAGAGGAACAACAGAAGGAGUUGUCGGCGCAGUGGGGAAGAGUCGCUGAGGAUGGCGAAGAAGGCAGAAGAGACAAGUAUCGGCAGGUGAAUGAACAAUGGGAGGGUGAAAGGGAGGAGCAGAACACAGAGUUCACUGCACGGGCUGAGAAGAAGUCAACAGAGCAAAGAGAAAACAGGGAGAAAAAGGCAAAGUCCCAAGUGGAUGAAAGUGCUGCAGGGAAAGAGAGGCUCACAAUGCAAGAGGAGGACAAAGAAGGUGACGGGAAGAGGAGAGGUGAAGGUGGCGAGGAGGAAUGCACAGAGAAGGGAAGAAGUGAAGAGAAAAGUGGGUCAGAAGGAGGUUCAACACCUGAGCUGGUUGUUGAGGAGGUCAAGCGUGUGGUGAGCAGUGGAGAUAGUGAUGGAAAAGUUGGUGUAGAUGGAGGCAAAGAGGACCAAACAGGGGUAUCCUGUGGGAUUGAGAACGAGGCUUUUGUGUAUGAUCAGGAAUCCCAGUCUCAUCCUGAGCUUUCAGCAUCACCAAGACCCGACUUGGAAGACCCUCCGCGUGCACAAAAUGAACCCCUAUUGGAAUACGAGGAAAUUCCUGGUGUGCCUGAACUGACCGACCAGGAGAAGGAGGAUGCGUCACAAGCUGCAAAGAGGAAGGUCAGGUUCUCCUCUGCACCGAUCAAGGUGUACAGCACAUAUUCUAACGCCGACUACGACAGGCACAAUGAGGACAUUGACCCGGUGUCGGCCUCGGCUGAGUUUGAGCUGGAGAAGAGAGUGGACAGGAUGGACGUUAUUCCAGUGGAGAUAGAAAAGGGAGACGAUGGACUGGGCAUAAGUAUCAUAGGAAUGGGUGUCGGGGCUGACCAGGGACUGGAAAAACUGGGAAUCUUUGUCAAGACAAUCACUGAAGGAGGAGCAACACAGAAAGAUGGAAGGAUUCAGGUGAAUGACCAGAUUGUGGAGGUGGAUGGAGUGAGCUUGGUUGGAGUGUCCCAGCUGUUUGCUGCCACAGUCCUCAAGAACACAUCAGGCCUCGUCAAGUUUUUGAUUGGCCGAGAGAAGGAGGGAGUGGAAAGCGAGGUGGCUAGACUCAUCAAUGAAAGCCUGGAAAUGGAUAAAACAAAAACCAAAAAGCAAAGAGGAGGCAGCAGAGAAGAGGACAAUGAUAGUCAUGAUAGCAUGUCAGAAAAGUGCUCAGUGGUUGAGGAAGAAGAGGAGGAAGAAGAAGAGGAGGAGGCGGAUGAAGAGGAGGAUGUGUCUGUUCUCUCCAGCCUGGACAACUACCAGCUCUGCCUCAAAUACCAGCAGCUUCAGUCAAAACUACGAAGCCGAACAACCCAGCUUCAGCACGCCAGAGAAAAGUUAAAGGCAUGGGAGGAGCAGCGGGCCCACUGGGAGAGCCAGAGGGCUGAAUUGGAGCAGAGAGCGGAGGAUGAAGAGGAGAAGGCUGACAAACUGGAGAAGUAUUGGCAAGAGGCCCAGACACUGUGCAGAGUUGUGAGCCAGCGACUGGCCGAUGCCCAGAGCCAGUCAGAAUGCCUGGAGAUCAAAUACAGCAAGGCCAAGAGACUGGUCAGAGAAUACCAGAGCAGAGAGGAAGAGGGGGAGAAAAGAGAAGCGGAUUUAAGGAGAGAACUAGAGGAGCGAGAUAAGCAGCACAGAGACACUGUUGAAAGGCUGCAAAUCCAGAUGGCGCAGCAAGAGGGAAAAGAGGCUGUAACCGAGAGAAAGAAUCACUCUGUAGACUCUUCAGUCACAGGCUCAGACUGGUAUAUUCCAGUCCCCGAUACAGGACGCCUGGACUCCAGCGCUCACAUAGCCAGAGCCCAGCUCGCCCAGAAAUCCAAGCGCCACCCUCCUUCGCGCGACAAACUCCGAGAGAGCUUCAGAAAACAGGAUGAACUAGUCCAGAAACCACAGGAGAGCCUGUCGCUGUCUGCUCCCACGGCGGUGCAAGGCAGCAGAAGUGACCUGUCCAGUACGUCCUCUUUCUCAGCCUUCAGCCCGCAGCCUCCCACCAGCUCCGUCUUCACCCCUCCCAUCUACAUCAAUGACACCGUCACUCCCUCGCCGUGCAAAUCCUCAGCAUCCAGAAAAUCCAAAAGAAAAUUUCCUGACUUCAGUGGCCUUCGCAAGUCUCUCAACAAAAGGAGAAGCGAAAAACGCAGCAGAAGAUCUGUGAACAACAGGAGUUCAUAUGGAGACCUGGUGGAUGGGCCCACUGGAGUUUCUCCAUCAGGUUCUGUCACCUCCAUGCCUUCUUGCCUGCCCUUCCCCUGGUUCGGAGAGCGAGGCAGAGAAAAGGAAGAAGAGAUCAGCAGGGAGAGGCUUCGGUCCGUAUCCAGCAGCAGUUUACCGUAUCUGACAACUACAGGCAGAAGAGAUCAUAGUAUUGGUUCUCCAGUGGACAGCUCCAGCAUGGUGGGUCAUGUCUCUGAACACUCCCUCUCUGGACACUCUCCCAAUUUCACUUUUUCCUCCACUGAGACUUUGGACGAUGACCCAGUUCCCGCCAACAACAACAAUCAGUGGCAAAGUCGGCCCGUCUUGGAGUGGAACAACCAGCAGGUGAUUCUGUGGUUAAUCGCCAUGAACAUGGAUCAAUACGCGUCAGAGUUUGCUGCCAGAGGUGUGGAUGGGACGCAGCUGCUCAGCAUGGACAGCGAGAAACUCAAGGCCCUGGGUGUGUGCAGUCAAAGUGACCGGUCUGUCCUCAAAAAGAAGCUGAAGGAGAUGAAAAAGAGAGAGGAUAAAGAGCACAGGAGAGGAGAGAAGAGGCUCAAAGAGAAUUCAGUUUCAGACAAGGAGGGGGAAGGCAAAGAGAAGACGAGGACGAUGAGGGAGGAGAAGUCCGCAAAAGACACCCGACAGAGCGGCAAAACCGUAAGAACUGAGUCGCUUUUAUAAAGGAAAAGGACGGAGGUGCGGUCGGAGAUACACCACCAGCAUGAGGGUGUGUUUGCAGUCCACAUUACGGAAAUACACUUGAACCUUAUUUCUACUGAGCUAAUAGAAACAUCUAGAUCCACUGCGCACAUCCUCUGUUGUUUCGUAGAUAUCAUUUAACGCACAGAACUGCGGUUGGGAUGAAUUGAUCCUCACACCAGAGCAGAGGUCGACUCCAGCACCAAAGUUCACUCAGCAAUUUUAUCUCUCUUGUGUAUUUCAGUUGAAAAGUGUGUGUGAGAUUUAAAUGUCUUACAGUGAUGCUUUUUUUUAAACCAUAAAUUAUCCGUAGAAUGAUUUUAAUAUUUAACAAACGUGCUGAUUUAAGCACUCAGGCAUUCGCUGUAAAUGCUUUUUUUAUGUAUAAAUAAAUAACAUUUUAAACUUC